AUGAAAGGCAUAGCGUGGAAAUCUGGACUAGGGCUAGAUUUUUCACGUGCAAUAAAUCAGAAGCCUUCAUUGUGCGGCGUUUUGGCUUGCAGCGUUUUUCCGGUGGUCAUGCAGUGGCAAUUUGCCCAGCAAAAACCGCCACAGCCUCCUGUGGAGGAUCCGCAACCUGACUUUGGAGACCUGCCAAGCAGGAAGCUGACCAGUGAUUCCUUGCCCGCUCCACUCCAGCCGCCUUUGCCCCCGUGGAAUGAUCCGUGUCCCGAUGCCGACUUGCUGGAGCUGCGGCCGAGAAGCAGGACAUUGAGCAACUCCUUGCUGCCCAUUCCGGCGCAGCCUCCUUCACCUCCCUGCAAGGAUCCAUGUCCUGUCGUGUUCGUGAAAUCAUUACCAGUUGGGCACUUCGAUUCGGAGAGAGUCGAUUCGUGUCUCACCCCGUCCCUAGAGAAACCAACGAGGGACAAAUCGUAUUCGGAGACGACCUGCGAUUCCAUCUUGUCCACAACCACAGCAUCUUCUCUGAAGGAGCAAAGAUGGCGCUGUUCGCCCCCUAUCUCACCUGUAGUAGUGCGCGGUGCACAACGAAAGAUUGUGUUCCUUGAUGUCGAUGGAGUGCUCCAUGCGGCAAACUACGCUCCUACCUCGUUUGCAAGGCCCUGCAUGGAGGCCUUGGCAAUGAUCUACAGAGAAACAGGUGCUGAUAUCAUUCUCUCCUCUACUUGGCGUCUUUGGGAAAACAACACCGGACGUGAUGCUGUGGACAAGGCCCUGGUUCGCUUUGGCCUGCCCAAGACCGUAGGUCUAACGCCCGACCUACAAGGCGGAGGCCGAGCAGAGGAGAUUCGAGAGUAUCUCAAAACGCUCCCAGACAGACCGGAGUGGAUUGCCUUGGAUGACAUUGACAUGCGUAGAGAGCUAGGAAGACGCAGCAUUGUGACCCCAGCUAAGACGGGGUUGAGAAUGAAGCAUGCUCGUCUGGCAAUCGCUGUGCUCAAUGACUUGCCUUUCAGCAUCGACAGCGAGUGGGUAGCCUCGAGCAUGGGCUUUGUGAAUUCUGAACAAGUCUGA